GUGUUGAUGAGGGGCAUGAAUCACUCCUUGAAGUUGUUGACCGACCACAUCUUGGAGGACUUCAUGAUCAAAGAGCCUUUGCCAGGGCUCGGGCUGCGGGCUAUUGAACAGGUUGCUGACGAGGAAGCUGUGGGUUUCCGAUGCUUCAACAUACUAUUGGCUCUGGGAUUGAGGGGCUUAGCGAUACCCGAUGUUUCUCAUCAACAGUGGGGAGACUAUGGUCGUGCUAUUUACUCAGCAGGGCUGAAGGGAGCAACCUUGAAGCUCACUCUCAUUUGCGCAAAUGGGUCAGGGCCAUACACUAGUGGAAGGAACCACUUUACAAAUGGGAGGGCAGCAGAACUUCUAAUUGAGGGGAAAGAUGCCGAAUGGUUUUCUCAGUUCACCACUGAUUACUGCUUUGACCAGCGUGUUCCAGAGGGUGAAACUCUGCUCACAGCAGAUGAUUGGAUGCAAUCUCCCGGUAUUGCUGGGAGGUUGAAACAGGCCAAGAACAAGAGCUGGUUUGGAAUCGUGGAGGCAUACACAAUGCUGGAUUCUUGUUGGACCGUCCUCUCUGAAACCUCUCGUUUUGCCCAAACACUUCUGGAAAACUUGGAUGACGAUUGGGACCGAGAGGAUGACGAUGAUGAGGAGGCAGGGCCGACUGCUGAUGAAAUGGAUCCCCAAACGCAGAAGCAACUGCAACUCCUCAGGGAGAACUACAGCAACACUGCGGCAUUUGUGGCUGACCUUUUGAGUGAUCGCAUGCUCCAAAAACAAGCACGACUCAUUUGCCACUGUUUGAAGCCCCUACAUGAAGAAUACCAAGCAGACUUGAAAGCUCAUGAUCUGGGGCAAGAAUCUGUUCUCUACUGGCAUGGUGACAGGGCCUCCGGCCACUACUACAAGGGUAUGGUACGCAAAACGUUGGGUCUUUUGCAUGACACUAGCAUCAUUACCUUGCUGGAUUUGAGACCUCAUCCUGGGCUGCCUUCGCAAGUCAAGGACAGUCAGGAUCCUGUUGUCGCACAAGAUCUUAAGCUCAUCCAACAAUACUACAAUUUCAUUGUAGAAUUGUCAGCCAACAGGUGUUGGAGCCAAAGUUUUUGGACCCUUCUCAUGCCUUACUCCAUCGCUGGCUUGUAUGCUUCUGAUGUGGUUGACCGACGGCGCUGUCAAGUGCUGUGUACAAGGAUGGCUGAGGCAUUGCUGAAGCUGGAGGAUUUGAUGGCAAAAGCCCCCAACAACAGUGAUCUACGAGGUCUACGUGACAGUCUAGGAACUGCUGACUGGCCAUUGCUCAGGGAGGUUUUGGUGCUUGGACUCAAAACGAAAUGGGAUCCAACCAAUGAUGAAAUGCGAUUGCUGGUUUUCACCUUGUUUGCUGGACCAGGGUCAACCAAAGAUUCAUUGGAAUCGUGCUUCAACUGGCUGAAAGACUCUGUAAAGGUGAACAAGAGCAAAAAAAUGCACCCUUUCACAAAGUUCUUCUACACCAUGGCAAACCCCUAUGUGAAGCAUGCUGGAGUCGAACCGAUUCGGCCCACCAUGGGUGAUUUUCAACAGCUUUUGGAUGAGGGCUUCCGUGACUCUGAAGUGACUCAACAUCAUGUGUUUGGGUACACGAAAACUCCUCUUGGGAAAGACUUUCCCCGUCCAAACCAGUUGAUUGCCAACGCCAAGAUUCGGAAAGCAGGGUUCCACUCCAAUCGCAACGCUGCAGCGGCAUCGGCGUUCAUGCUGCAUGACUCUGUCCACAACUUCAUCCAUGCUCCAGAGUGUUGGCCAGGCUGCAUGUUCAAGCGUGGAGAGAUCUAUGUGAACGUGCAGAAGAACGAUUACCACCUCAGUCUUGGAUUCAAGGCUUAUGGCGUCAUGGCAAUUCAAGUUCGUCGUGUUGAGGACAUCAUCAUUGUCGAGCCGGGACAGCGGGCGCCCAAAUGGCUGUUCAAUUACACGGUUGGGGAACAUUGUCCAUACCUGUGGGUGCCCACUAAAGUGCUGCCACCAGCAUGCAUCCACCCUAGCAUUGGCCAAGUGCCUUUAGCGAUCCAAGUGGUGAGUGAACCCCAGCCUUUGGCUGAAUCUUCAUUGAAGAGCGGUAUUUUCUUGACAGUGAAGCAAUUGCAUUCAAUGCUGGCUGCUUUUGAGAUUAAGGAGCCGGAACCAGGAACAGGUUCUGGUAAGAACAAGAGGGUCAUCAAAGUGGAUUUAGCUACUCGCUUGAUUGAGACGCUCUUCCCUGACGCCACUGAUCAAGAACGAGCGUUCAUGAUCACAUCGACCAUGGUCAGAAAACAAAUCAAUUUGGAGGAGGCGCCAGAACUACUUUUGAAAAUGACUUCGUACCUAGACACAAACGAGGUGCAGCACUUUUCGAAAGUUCGCAAAGCAGCAGUGGAUCAGCUUGCGGUCGAGUCCAUGAAAAAGAACUUGGCUCGUCGGCUCAAAAAAGGGGAGCAAGAUGAUGAUGAUGGGGAUUGCCCAGAGGGCCCAGCUUCAUCGAAAAUCAAGCCCAAGCGCCCUUUGGAAGAGCCCGGUGCGCCCGCCCCACCUACCAAAAGGCUGAAGAGUGAGGCCGAACUGCAUGCAGAGAAGUUGGGUCGGCUCAAUUGCAAGGCCCCUCAAGAGUUCUUAGCGCUUUUCCCAUUAUGUUCCUACUGCUACUUCAAGUGGCUCCCGCAGAACAGCCGUGUGACGGUUGAGUUCAAGCAGCGUUUCUUGGACUUUUUUUUGGAUGAGCAAGAUUUCAAUGCUCAGUACAGAGCUCCCUCUAG